UUGAAACUAUUUCCUUUUUUCAGGUUUUCAACUAUAAACAAUGCUUCGUUUAUAUACUGAACUUGGAGCAAAAUUGUGCUCUAGUGAAAUGUGUUUGAAGUGUACCAGGUUGAAAUACACUCUUCCAGAUAGAAUUCGAGAAAAACUGGCUUCUGGCCCAGGUCUUAAAGAAUUCAUAUCUCAUGUAGAGGAACCAGAUGUAAAAGAUUGGAGCAACUAUGAAGGAAAACUGAAACGAGAGAAAGAUUCUGAACGUUUGCACUUACCUCCAUGGCUUAAAACAAAAAUUCCUACUGGUAACAAUUUCAGUCGGAUAAAAGAUCAGCUACGCACUCUCAAUCUACACACAGUUUGUGAAGAAGCUCGUUGUCCCAAUAUUGGAGAAUGUUGGGGUGGGGGAAUUCAUGGAACUGCUACCGCUACAAUAAUGCUCCUUGGUGACACUUGUACACGUGGUUGUAGGUUUUGCUCUGUGAAGACAUCACGAGCUCCCCCACCUCCUGAUCCAUCAGAACCUGUUAACACGGCUACAGCCAUUGCAUCGUGGGGUUUGGAUUACAUCGUGCUCACAUCUGUGGACAGAGAUGAUCUUCCUGAUGGAGGCUCAAACCACUUCGCAGAAACAGUUAAAGAAAUUAAGAAGCAGAAAUCAAGUAUAAUGGUUGAAUGUCUUGUCCCAGAUUUUGCUGGUGACAUGGAAGCUGUGAAAACUAUUGUGAACUCAGGACUUGACGUCUUUGCUCAUAAUAUCGAAACAGUUGAAGGUCUUACACCAUAUGUUCGUGAUAGGCGAGCCAAAUACAGACAGUCACUGGCAGUGUUAAAAGAGGCAAAAAAUAUCAAUCCUGAUGUAAUUACUAAAUCAUCAAUAAUGCUUGGUUUGGGUGAGGCAGACGAGGAAGUUCAACAAACAUUGAAAGACGGUAGUGUGGAAAAUUUACGAUCACAUGGAGUGGAUUGUGUCACAUUGGGACAAUACAUGCAGCCUACAAAAAAGCACCUGAAAGUUGCUGAAUAUAUAACUCCAGAAAAAUUCAAACACUGGGAAGAUGUUGGAAACGACCUUGGUUUUCUGUAUACUGCUAGUGGUCCCCUUGUACGAAGCUCGUAUAAAGCAGGAGAAUUCUUCAUUGCUAGCAUCUUGAAAAAGAGAAAAGUUGGCAAUGCAGAUUGAGAGUUUUUAGAAAUUUAUGGGAACUUUCAAGAAUAUAACCUUGAGAUCAUUCUUAAUAUGUGGGGCAGAAAUCAUGUUGAUUCGUAUCACUGCAGUGUUGUGUUAACUCAAAUAUUUUUUAUGGCCAUGACUUUGCACUAUACCUACAGCAGUCUAAUUUGCCUUAAACACACUGCAAAGUAACAUUUUCCAAUCAAUAAACAUUGAACGCAGUAGUUUCUAGGUACAAGUGUUAAAAAAAUAUUUCCAACACUACUUUCUAGUCAGAUGGAUAUUUAAGAUCCAUUCUUCUGUUUAUAUGGGCUAAUCUGCAUUAAUUUUUAGUUUACAAUGAAAGUUGUUUCUGUUAAACCAUCAAAAUGUACAAAUAAAAAAAAGCUCAUCUAAAAAUGAAGUAUUUGUGUUGAAUUCUUGAAUUGUUUUGAAACCUUGAAUCCUUUAUGUAAUCAAUUUGUCUUAAGGUUUUUAAAUAGGAGCAUAGCAAAGAGAGGAUUCCUAAGUGAAGAUUUUAGGGAUCCCCCAUAAGAAUAUUCUACAUUUAAAAAUGUUUAUUGUCGACAUGUCUUGAUAAGGAAAUUAAUUAGACUUGUUGGAAAAAUUGUAGAAUAAUUAAAUAACUCUGACUUUUGUAAAUAUUGGUAUUUUGAAGCCCUAUUCUUGAUUGGGGCCCCUGGAUCUCUAUCCUUCAGACCUAUCUGUAUUAACAUCACUGUUCAUAAAUAAUUUUAUGCAACUUUGAUCAUUAUCGUGCUGAUAAUAGAUUUGUUGGUUCUGAGGUAAUAAAAAUACUUAUUUUGAUUAAAAACCUUUCAGUGUGAGAAGAAAUCCACAAAUUGUAAACUGGAAAGCAAUUCUCCUUCCUUAAAGGUUUGGUAAUAAUGAAUCAGAAAUCAGAUAAACCGUGAUAGAUUAAUCUGAGACCAUUAUACUGGAUGACUUAAGUGCAUAAAAAAAAAAAAAAAAAUUUCUUCAAAACACAAACACGAUCCAAAUGCUGCCCAAACAUGUUCAUAUAAAAAACUGUCAGUGCGUAGCGUUUAGAAGAGAAAGUGCUCACACCAAUGAAUCCCUGAGAAUUUGGCUUAGCCCCUUGUGUUUCAGGUUCACCCUUUGGACAAUGGAGCUUGUGGAUCACUAGUUGCACAGAAUUUCAAUAUUAUUUGCAAAGUACUACAUGCAAAUUUCUGUUUUUCAAAAGUAGAGCAUAAAAAGUGAUACAAUUUUAAUAUUAUGAGUUUUAUAGAGAAUAUUUGGUGUUUCAAUUGUCUGUGCAAUUGAGGCUUUGCAUAAUCUUUGUUUAUUAGAGGUGAGUGGCCCUCUUGAUGUAGCUUAGGUGCUGAUAGUUUUUGUGUAUGCGUAUGUCAUUAUAAUGUGAAAAUUCUCCAUUGCUCUGUACCCGAUGAUAAAUCUGGCUAUAAGACAUCAAAGAGUACGAUUUUUCUUUCAUCCCCAACAAGACAAGAAAACAUUUCUGAAGUGAUGCAAACAUUUGUACUUCAAGAUGUGAAUGAAAAAUAUGUACUUGAGUUUCACUCUUCUAAAAAUAUAUUGUUAACUUUUAUGUUCAUAAUAAAUUAUGGUUUUUGUGAUUGUUAAACCAAUAUGGAUAUUCCAAGAAAGAAGUGGAAGUUUAUUCUAUAAUUAGUAUCAGAGUUUUUUCCAUAUUUUCUUAUCUCUCUUUUAAUGGAUGUAGGUCUGAAUGUACAGAAAAUUGAUUGUAAGAACAAAAGCAAGACAAUCUUGUAAUAUAAAAAUAUAAUAUUCCAACUUCUUUAAUAGAAAUGUAUCAUUGGACAUUCCAUAUCAUUCAGAAUCCAUUGUAAUAAAUUUAAAAUACCCUC